GGGCGCUGGCUCGCUCGUCACAAUUUCACAUACAGAACGAGCAUAUACACAGAACGCAACAAAAGCUAGGCUAUCGAUACUACCCUGUGCCUCUUCCCUGUCGAGACAACAUAGGAAACUGGCAAUAUAGCUAGCUAGCUGUUAUUUAUCGUUUAAUAAAGAUGUCGACCACGACCGGCGGCGGAGAGUUUGGAAACCCCCUGCGGAAAUUCAAGCUCGUAUUCUUAGGCGAGCAAAGUGGUAAGUGGAGUGUAUUCAGUAGGGCAUGUGUGGUUAUUUGUUUUGGUGAGAGUACCGCUAACUGGCGUUAGCCUAGCUGUUAGCUAGCCAGGCCGAGGCAGAAAGAUGAUGCUAAACGACUCAGACAAUGCCUUGCCAGGUUAGCUGUAUUUUAGCCAAGGCCCUAAACACGUAAAGGGAACUUGUUUAAGUUAACGUUACUAGUUAUCCCAUUGAAUCAGGAAAAAUGGGUUGCUUGAGAUCAUGUUGCAAAAGAUGUUCGUGAAUAAAGCUAGCCAGCUUUAGCUAGCUAAUUUAGGUACUAGAUAACAUUAGCUUGGUAAUAUAUCUGGUCAUGCAUAUCCCGUAACUAGCUAACGUUAAGUUACUGAAUCGUCGGUGUCAUUCACGAGUUGAAGUUACACAUUCUUUCCAUUCGAUGUGAAUGUUUUUCUGUUUACUUGCCAGCUAGCUUUAGCUUGUGUGUGUGGAGUCGUGUAACAGUUUGUGAGCCACGUCUGUCAGUUAAAGAGGGGAUCCAGUUGAGCUAGCUUGGCUGGCAACUCACUGAGCCGUUUAUUCAACCUUGGCCAUUUCCAGUGACUAACGUCAACAUUCAUAGAAAUAAACCAGACAUACACUACCGGUCAAAGGUUUUAGAACACCUACUCAUUCAAGUUUUUUUUAUUCUUCUAUAAUGUAGAAAAAACAUUAAAAAGAAAGAAGAACCCUUGAAUGAGUAGGUGUUCUAAAACUUUUGACCGGUAGUGUAUGCCAUAUUAUUUCCUCAAACAAAUCUUAAUUCAGAUUUGCAUAGCUCCAAACCCGUGUAUCGAUUUUCCAGUCCAUUUUAGCUAGCUAGUUAUCUCCUCCAUUCGUGGCUCCACCCUUUGCCAGCUCAGCAUGGGUUCAGUAGUCCAGCGAUUAGUUUUGAGAUUUAUCAUGGAAAUAAACAAUAUAAUCACAUAUGAUUGCGUAACACAUGAUCACUGUCAGUAUUGUAUAUUGUUUUAAGGAGCUAAAUGCUCAUAACAUAGGCUACGUUUAUUACUGUUCCUCCCAAAUUACAGUUCCACAGGAUCAUGCAUCAUUUAGCAAAUGUCAGUGUAAACUAAAUACUCUCUGCUCUAUCUUUACAGUGGGGAAGACAUCGCUUAUCACCAGAUUUAUGUAUGACAGCUUUGACAACACCUAUCAGGUACAUUACCUCAUCUCAAGUACAAUACUGGUAAUUCAUUGCAUGUAAACGGUAAACUAACACAUGAGUAACAUUAGUUGGCAUCCACACCACUCUGUGCAUUGGGUUGUUUUGCUUGGUGGAGAUGUCUGCCUUUGAGAGCUGUGUUCUGUCUUUUGUAACCUGAUAAUAGCUUGCACACAAUCUGCUACAAACCUGGGGGGGAAAUGAGGACACAAGGCUUUUCUUCUCUUCGGCUUAUUUUUGAAUGUAGUACAGUCAUGCAGUAUGUCAGUGAUCUCUGAGGAUAAUGUUUUUGUCUUGCAGGCAACAAUUGGCAUAGACUUUUUAUCGAAAACGAUGUAUCUGGAAGAUCGUACGGUAAGUACCACUUUGUUUCUAUAUCAUCUGCAUCACUUGAAACCAUUUCACAUGUCCCUUGUUUGUGCCCAUACAUAAACAACAUUGUAUAUCCCUCUACAUGUCACUGUCAAAAAGGGGCUUAGGUAUUCUGCUUUUUAUCUAAUUCUGACUAGACUGCUUGUUUAAAGCAUGGACGUAGAUUAACCAUGAUUUGCAGUUUCAUUAUACAUUUUCAUUUAGCCCAUGUUUUCUUUCCUGCCAUGAUUCUGUUUUUAGUUCCAUCAUUAUAAGUUUAUGUCUCUGUCCACCCCUCCCCUCCAUCCCCAUGGCUGGGUUUCGAACUGUGUCCGCUCCUCGGUUUGUUGUGUGGUUGGCCACAGAUUCGGCUCCAGCUGUGGGAUACGGCCGGGCAGGAGCGGUUCCGCAGUCUCAUCCCCAGCUACAUCAGAGACUCAGCCGCUGCUGUGGUGGUUUAUGACAUAGCAAGUAGGUAUCACCUCCCUGCCCUUCCCUCAGUGGACAGAAGGGGAGAACAGGGCAAACAGCAUUUCCACAGCUUGGCAACGUCACUGGACUGUAGAAAUGAGUUGAACCCGACUUGCUUGUGGUCAGUGAGUAAUCAGAUCAGAAAAUAGCCUUCUGGCACUUCAGUGCUUCCAUUGUCUGAGAAUUCUGUGCUACACUAAAGUGAGUAGAUAUUAUAGAUGACAUUGUUAGUGCAAUGGUUACAAAUAGGCCUAUAGAGUGGAAUGGUAGACCUCUCGGUACAUCCAGUGGUGAUUGUGCUUGUGGAAAUGUCCCUAAAGGGGCUUGUCUAAGGAAUGGGGAAAAUGCUUUCCUUGCGCCAAAAGCAUUGAUUUGGAACAUUUGCCAUCUGUAAUGGGUCACUAAAAGGCGUCAACGUUGGGAACAGGUAAUCUGCUAGCUACAUGGGAAAGCUUUUUCCUAUUCCAGGAUGCAUGAUCGUUUUCGCCUCUGCUGCCUUGCUGUUCUCUUGCAACUAUUUUAUGUCGUUCCUCUUCUCCAUUUUCCCUUUCCGUCUGUCCCGUUUUCUUCUCCUCCGUCCCAAUCCCCAGGUCCGACUCCAGCUCUGGGACACUGCUGGACAGGAGCGUUUCCGUAGUCUCAUACCCAGCUACAUCCGCGACUCCACCAUCGCUGUGGUGGUUUAUGACAUCACCAGUGAGUUAGAGCUGUGCUCUCAUCACUGUAGGUGGGGCGGGGUCAACUGGCACAUUACAUUGGGAAGGAGGCUGUCAUGAACACAGUAGCAGCCCUCAACAGCUUCUAAUGUAUGAGUAGUGUUACUAUUAUUGGAGGUAUUUAGUGUCACCAUGUAGGGACUUUAAUGAUGCGACUUCAUGGUGAUGAGGGAGUUUAUUAACAGUGGCGUGGGAACUACUAUUCCUUUCUUUCUGUGCUUAAACUUCACUUACGGUUGACUUUUGUUUACUAACACCUGGCUACUGGGUUCACUCCUCUGCUGAAAUCAACUGUACUUUCACUGAGGAGCAAAGACCGUUCUGAUUUGCGAAUGUAUCUAACGUGUUAAUAUCCCCAUCACUCGGAGUUCAAACCUCAUGGGAUAUUUCAAGUGAUCAUGCUCACUCUGUGUGCAUUCUGAAUUGCUACUGUUCUUCCCCUCAGACCUUAAUUCAUUCCAGCAAACCUCAAAGUGGAUUGAUGAUGUCAGAACAGAGAGAGGAAGUGAUGUCAUUAUCAUGCUUGUGGGAAACAAAACAGACCUGGCUGAUAAAAGGUACGUGGUGUGUGUGGUGGGGUGGUAAACGGCAAUGUGGUCCCUGAACUGGAUGUCGACCUGUUUAACAACAGUUGUAUGUGUGCACCCUUUGUCAAAGCCUGGUUCCUCCUCCUCCCUUGACUGUAUUUGGCAUCCCAUGAUUUUAAUGAGUAUAUUGGGCACAACAUAUUCAUUUUCAAGUGUUUUAUGAUUUUUAUCUAUUGAACUUUACUCCAUGUUGACCCUGGUUACUAUUUGGUUAAGCCUUUUUAUUUUCGUCAUUUUGGUUUUAUCUAUUUUUUUUUGUUCCCUCUCCCCGGUGUCUCCCCAUGUCUCCCCAUGUCACUUUGAUUUGGUGUCCACUCCCACCACCCUCCCCUCCUGUCCCUCCCCCUGGGACCAUGGCAGACAAGUGUCUGUUGAGGCUGCAGAGAGGAAAGCUCGUGAACUCAAUGUGAUGUACAUAGAGACCAGCGCCAAGGCUGGCUAUAACGUCAAACAGGUGGGUGUCCAGCUACCACCAGCAGGUGUACAAACAGCCUCCAGAACUGCCCAUUAUGCUCCGCUUUACCCGAGAUUCAUUUGGGAUGUACUAUGUGGAUUAGAUGUUUAAUGUGGAACGAGUGACUGUGCUGUGAGUGACUUGGGAGUGUUUCUCUAUAUCGUGUCAAGCUGUUUCAUAUUUUCUCAGCAAAGCUGCUCCCUCUCCUAUCCCUUUGUCUCUCAGAGGUAUGACCAAACUAACCCUCUCUCUUUCUAACCAAAAAACUCUGAGCUCUCCUUUCUUUUUCUCCCUCCAUCUCCCCCUUUCCCUCUCGGCCUCUUUCAUGUCUGUCUGUCUAUCCCUCCAUCUCUCCGCCUCUCGGCCUGUCCUCUUUCAUGUCUGUCUGUCUAUCCCUCCAUCUCUCCGCCUCUCGGCCUGUCCUCUUUCAUGUCUGUCUGUCUAUCCCUCCAUCUCUCGGCUGUGGCCUGAGCAGACAGAUCACCACGGAAGAGGGCGAGCAGAGAGCUAAGGAACUGAAUGUCAUGUUCAUUGAAACCAGCGCAAAGACUGGCUACAAUGUCAAACAGGUAGAGCUUCUGUUCACUCAAGGUAGUCCAGCCCAAUCUGCCCUCAUAGACUACUUUCACAACUUCUAGUUUUCCCUCCGCUCUCUCAUCACUUGAAUCCUCAUGGCCUGUCCUCCUUGUCCUCUCUGCAUUGUGAUUCACCUCAGUGCUCAGGUGUUGUUGUCAUUCACGUCCAUUGCUUUAGAACGCUUUGGCAUCAAUUGUACUGCGCUGUCUAGCUCCAUGUUGUUGGGCUUCUCUUAUUUUGCCUCGUUCCACAAAAUGUCUGCUUGUUGUGCUUCUCACUGUUUGGCAAGGAGCCAUCGACAUAGGCCUGCUGCACAGGCAUCGAAUCUAAAUAAUCAUAUGACAAUUUGACGCAAGUUAACAAGAUUUUUAAAUAUUCUGUAGGGACAUUUUCUUGCAUUGUUUCUAAUGUGUUAUUGAGAUCUUCCAAGAUUUUAAUGUGUGAUAAAUAUCAGGAUCAGUUUUGCCAGAUGCAUGUAGCCCCAUGUACAAAUAUACUGUAUGUUUAUUUUUUUACAUGAAAUGAUCAGGUAUAAAUAUUGACUUACCAUCUAGGUCAUCACUGUUAUGUGGCCAACUUCACGUUAUUGAGGUACGGUUGUUUUUCUCCACUGAUUCCUUUCUUGUGUUUCCUCAGCUGUUUCGCCGUGUUGCCGCAGCCCUACCUGGGAUGGAUAGCACACCAGAGAAGAGCAAAGAGGACAGUAUCUUUUCACAAAGGGGUUAUCCCGAGGCAGAAUGGUUUGGAGCGUGUUUGAGCUCAACAUGUAAUCGACACUCCAGAAAUGCUUCAGUGUCUGUUGUAAUGUUAUCUGUUGCUUAUGGAUUUAAUUUGGUUAAACUUGCAGAAUAUUCUUUAAAUUCCCCAAAAUGUUUAUGAUUUAUGAAAUGACUAAUUAAUAAUGUUCCUUAACCACAUCUCUCAGUGAUCGAUAUCAAACUGGAGAAGCCGCCGGAGAUGGCGGUGACGGAGAGCAGCUGCUCCUGCUAGUAAACACCUCACCCCCCCCACCUGACCUGCCUCCUCCCCACCAACAGCUUGUGUCUCAGUGGCCACUCUCCCCACCCAUGGCUCACUGCCAUCGGCUGGAGAACCUCUUUCCCUCCCUUUCGACUCAGUGACUUUUCAGAGUAACCGUGUGGAUGUGCUAUUACUCUGUAUUUAAACAGAUAAUCUAAAAUAAUACUAUUAAAGGUAAGAAGUAAAACUGUCAAACAAUUGGUUAAAUGCUGAAUAUGAUCAGAUUUUCAUCCAACUGCAUGGCAUUCUCUAGGAUUGCAGACUGACAUAGCUAACUGCUCCUGGGUUAUUGCACUUUUAGGAUCAUCAGUGCGAUCACACUUGUCAUUGUUGUAAAGUUAUAUUGUUUAGAGAUUUAUUUAAGUGAUUUAUUCAGUCCCUUUUUGGUUUUAUGCUUUCUGGAUUGGGUCAACUACAGUAUUCUAUCUACGUGAUCACCAAAGUGUCUGUUACUGAUUCCCAUGAUUUUUGAAAUACUUCCCCUCUAAACUUGAUGAACAUUAUUUUUAAUCGUUGGCUCAAAUCAAAUCUAUAAAUUUAGGCCUAAUGAAUAAGGGACAUUAUUAUCAGGACAUUUUAAAGGCAAGAACAGCCAAAGAACACUUAGGAUUACUGUAGUUAGUUGAUUGAAGAUUUCAAUGGCGGCUGGUUUGUUAUUUUGGCAGGUCUUCCCAAGGGGAUGCUUCAGAAAGUACAUGUAGCCAAUCCGAUAGGAAACAAGGGUAUGUGUUUUUAGAAAAGGGACAUAAUCCCAAAUUCAUUGUACUGGAAAAUACUAAGUUAAAUCUACUGAUGUACACUUUGAAACUAUAGCAGCUCUGUCAUAGGAACUUUCCUCAGUUAACUACAAGCAUACUAACACAUCUCCUUGUCUGAGGAGAAAAUGUGUUUAAAGUCCAUAUGUGGGCCUAUGGAGUGAGCAGGUGUCAAACCUUUUACACACUAAAUGGAAACAUGUCACUGGGCCCAUACAAUGUCUCCUACUCACCCUCCAAUUGAUAUAUAUUGUCUUGUUUUCGUCACACUAUUGCAGGAACAGCAUGCUCAUCAUGCAGGAUUCAUAGACGGUUAAGGACACAGAUGCCUUGUUUGUUCACUAACGUUGUGCACUGAAUCAAGCCCCAAUAUUGUAAAGAUCGAGAGGCCUGCUGAUGGGCCUCUGGCUUCAGUAGUUGUUUUGUAGAGCAGUUUAGAUAGGAAGUGUUAGUUGGUCCUCAGAUACAGCUAACACCGUUGCUGUAAAAAAACAAGUUAAGUGAAGUAACUUUUAUCGCUAUUGCCUGUGCAGGACUGUUGAUUUUAUGUUUUAACACAAGGAACCGUAAAAUCGCAUUGCAUGCUUGCCAAAAUUACAGUUGCUGGCACGCACAUGGGAAGUUAGUAUUUUAUUUAUUAUUUCCGUGUCUCAGAUUGGAUGCUGAAUUUGAAAGCAAAUGCCAGGGCUGGUUGUUUCGUCUCAUGUCACCCGGGUCACACUGAUGUUGACUCUCCCUGCAGUGUGUAGUCAGUGGAUUGGUUUAGUUACAGAAAAGGCUACACUCCACCCCUGUCCUUUACCACGUACUCACAGUGGUGUACACAAAAACAUGAACACACACAAACCAAAUAACCAGUCAUAAAUGUCUCAUCCCCACCGUCACACACCAAUACAUUAUCUGUAGAUUGUUUGAAAAUGUUUUUUUAAAUGUAGAUAAGUAUUUAAUUACAUCGAACAACCUUUAUCUUAAUAGCUAUUCUAUUACCCGUCGCUGACUGAAUACUCGGCUCUGUGCUAUUCUGAAGUGUCUGUCCAUUUGAAAUAUGUCUACUAGUGUUUAGCAACGUUUGUGUGAAUAAUAAUGUACUAUUAGUAUUACUCUGCUGUAUAAAAAAAGAGUUAAAGAACACUGAAGUGUAUCACAUGAAAUAAAGGUAUUUCACCAAA